GCGUGUUGUUAGAGCUGUUCUGAGCGGGUGUUUGAGCUGUUGGCUGCUUUCUUUCCCCUCUCUCACACACUUGUAUAUUAUUUUGAGGUGCUGUUCGCAGAGUUUGAAAGGAGAGAGAAUUAAAAAAAAAGCCGCAAGCGUUCCACUCUCUUUUAUUUUUAUAAUCCCCUUCAAUUUGGGGUUAAAAAAAAAGACGAGAAAACAGGAAGGAAGAAAAAUAAGGAAAUGAGAUGUGGUAAAAGAAGCUAAAAGGUGCCUUUUUAAAGAUCGUUGCUGUGAGGUGAAAAAAAAUCUCCAGAGAAACCAAAAAGCACCGCCGAGACCUCUUCCGAACCAAAGGAGUUUGUGUUUGCUUUUAGGAAAGAAGAGAGAGAUCAUUCAUUUGGAGGAAUAACAACCAAUUAAAAGGCAAAUAAAAAAAGUUUGGAGUGGGACGCCGAGCGAGCCAGCGAGCCAGCGAGCGAGCGGGUGGCGCUGCCGGCGGGCGCUGGGGCGCGGAGCUCGCACUUUCCCCGCCCGGGUGAGCGGCGCGACCGCGGCGCCGGGCUCGGCGGGCACGCCUCGGCGGAGCGAACGUCGGAGCGUUGCCGCGGGAGACGCGCGCCGGACAAUGCCCGCGGCGGGCCAGUGACGCCCGCGGGGAAUGCGGAGCGGCCCGGCUUCCCGCACCCAGCCGCCGCCGCCGCGCGUUUCUGCCGCCCGCGUCACGCGAGACCCGGCGGGGGCCGGGACCGCUCGAGCCGCCCCUCGGACCCGGCCGGCCGCCUCCGCCACCGCCGCCUCCGCCUCCUCCUUCUCGGGGCCAUUAAAGCCAAUGAGCCGCGCGCCUCUGCCCAGCGCAGCCAACUAAAUCGGUUUGGAUGAUUCGCGACCUGAGCAAGAUGUACCCGCAGACCAGACACCCGGCACCGCAUCAGCCUGCUCAACCCUUUAAAUUUACAAUUUCCGAGUCCUGUGAUCGGAUUAAGGAAGAGUUUCAGUUUUUACAGGCUCAAUACCACAGCCUGAAGCUGGAAUGUGAGAAACUUGCCAGUGAGAAGACAGAGAUGCAGCGGCAUUAUGUGAUGUAUUAUGAGAUGUCCUAUGGGUUGAAUAUAGAAAUGCACAAGCAGGCAGAGAUUGUCAAGAGGCUGAAUGCUAUCUGUGCACAAGUCAUUCCUUUCCUGUCCCAAGAGCACCAGCAACAAGUGGUGCAGGCUGUGGAACGGGCCAAGCAGGUGACCAUGGCAGAACUGAACGCCAUCAUUGGGCAACAACUCCAGGCCCAGCAUUUAUCACACGGACACGGUCUGCCAGUGCCUCUGACGCCGCACCCUUCGGGGCUGCAACCCCCUGCCAUCCCGCCCAUUGGUAGCAGUGCCGGCCUUCUGGCCCUCUCCAGUGCCCUGGGAGGCCAGUCCCACCUUCCAGUUAAAGAUGAGAAGAAGCACCAUGACAGUGAUCACCAAAGAGACAGAGAUUCCAUCAAGAGCUCUUCGGUAUCCCCGUCAGCCAGUUUCCGAGGUGCUGAGAAGCACAGAAACUCCACAGACUACUCCUCUGAUAGCAAAAAGCAGAAAACUGAAGAAAAGGAGAUCGCAGCUCGUUAUGACAGCGAUGGUGAGAAGAGUGAUGACAACUUGGUGGUUGACGUUUCCAAUGAGGAUCCAGCCUCACCUCGAGGGAGCCCCGCACACUCCCCAAGGGAGAAUGGCCUGGACAAGACACGCCUUCUCAAGAAAGAUGCCCCCACCAGUCCAGCCUCAAUCGCAUCCUCCAGCAGUACUCCUUCCUCCAAAUCCAAAGAACUUAGCCUUGGUAGGGACAUGAGGAAACUGAGUGAAACAAGUCUCAGCGAAGAUGAAGAAAAAUAUAUACUGGGGUUACAGAGAUGGUUUUGUCACCUGUGGUUUAUGAAUGAAAAAUCUACCACUCCUGUGUCGAAGUCCAAUACCCCUACUCCACGAAGCGAUGCACCCACCCCAGGCAGUAAUUCCACUCCCGGAUUGAGGCCUGUCCCCGGAAAACCGCCAGGAGUCGACCCCUUGGCCUCGAGCCUAAGGACCCCAAUGGCAGUACCUUGUCCGUAUCCGACCCCUUUUGGGAUCGUGCCUCACGCUGGGAUGAAUGGGGAGCUGACCAGCCCCGGAGCUGCCUACGCGGGGCUGCACAACAUCUCCCCGCAGAUGAGCGCGGCCGCGGCUGCCGCAGCCGCAGCCGCGGCCUACGGGAGAUCGCCAGUGGUUGGAUUUGAUCCACACCAUCACAUGCGUGUGCCAGCAAUACCUCCAAACCUGACAGGCAUUCCAGGAGGAAAACCAGCGUACUCCUUCCACGUCACCGCAGACGGUCAGAUGCAGCCUGUCCCCUUCCCCCCGGACGCCCUCAUUGGCCCCGGCAUCCCCCGACACGCUCGCCAGAUCAACACCCUGAACCACGGGGAGGUGGUGUGCGCGGUGACCAUCAGCAACCCCACGCGACACGUGUACACGGGUGGGAAGGGCUGCGUCAAGGUCUGGGACAUCAGCCACCCCGGCAACAAGAGCCCUGUCUCUCAGCUCGACUGUCUGAACAGGGAUAACUACAUCCGUUCCUGCCGAUUACUCCCUGAUGGUCGCACCCUAAUUGUGGGAGGGGAAGCCAGUACCCUGUCCAUUUGGGACCUGGCGGCUCCCACCCCGCGCAUCAAGGCAGAGCUGACGUCCUCGGCCCCCGCCUGCUACGCCUUGGCCAUCAGCCCCGACUCCAAGGUCUGCUUCUCAUGCUGCAGCGACGGCAACAUCGCCGUGUGGGACCUGCACAACCAGACGCUGGUGAGGCAGUUCCAGGGCCACACAGACGGGGCCAGCUGUAUUGACAUUUCUAACGAUGGCACCAAGCUCUGGACGGGCGGCUUGGACAACACGGUCCGGUCCUGGGACCUGCGCGAAGGGCGGCAGCUGCAGCAGCACGACUUCACCUCCCAGAUCUUUUCUCUGGGCUACUGCCCAACUGGAGAGUGGCUGGCGGUGGGGAUGGAGAACAGCAACGUGGAGGUGCUGCACGUCACCAAGCCCGACAAGUACCAGCUCCAUCUCCACGAGAGCUGCGUCCUGUCACUCAAGUUCGCGCACUGUGGCAAAUGGUUUGUAAGCACGGGAAAGGACAACCUUCUGAAUGCCUGGAGAACACCUUACGGGGCCAGUAUAUUCCAGUCCAAAGAAUCCUCAUCGGUGCUCAGCUGUGACAUUUCUGUGGAUGACAAAUACAUUGUCACUGGCUCUGGGGAUAAGAAGGCCACGGUUUAUGAAGUUAUUUAUUAAGGACAAAUCUUCAUGCAAACUGGACUCCUCCUUGUAGCACUUUGUUCUGUCAUCCUUCUGUUCCCCCGCAUCCGAAACCAAGGAUUUCCAGUACUCAUUGCAGUCGUGGAGCUCAGUCCCCGCCUUUCCCCACUUCCUCCCUGCUGUUGAAUUGUGAAUACUCGUUAAGAACCUGUGAUACCAAAUCUUCAGCUAUCUACUCGGAAGAACACGGAUAACCCUACUUAACAGUGAAAGGAAUCUUUAAUUAUGUAUUAUAUCUGUAAUAUAUUUAUUUUGUUUAAAGAAGGCUUUCUAACAAUGACUGACUAAAUAAAGCUGUCUGCUCCUGCAUUGAUAAUGAAGAUGCGUUGUAUUUGAUACCCCUCCCCCCCUUUUUUUGGCAAAGGAGGGGAAAGGAAGGUUUAAAAUAACUGAUUAAAAAUGUCACUAAAUGUAGACUAAUGACUGUAUAGAGAUGUGAAAUGUAUAAUUACAUAUGGAAGCAAUAUGUUGCUGUGUUGUUAGAUGUUUUUGUUUUUUACUUAUUUUAAAGAUGUUUGGAAAUUUGAACAAUUAGAAGGUGACAGACCAUGUCAUAUUCAUUUGAGUCUAUUUGGACAACUUUAACCAAUAUAUCUAUAGCUUUAGAUUAUAUUCGAUAAAAGUAAUUGGACUUUUUCUUUUUUUCUUUUUUUGACUUGCUGACAAGUGUCUUUGUAAUAUGUUUUUAAUUCCUUUUUUUUUAUUGUAUUAUAGACAUAUGAACAAAUUAAAUUUGGCCUCAAAGGGAGAAGUUAAUCCCUUCUGGGUAUUUUUGCCACAUUUCUUUGCAGAGGGAGAUGUAUACCUUUGGGCAGUUUUGUCAUUACGAGAAAUGAUGGGUUAUUUUUUGGCAUGUUCUUUGGGAACCGCACAGAUUCAGGGGAGGAUUCCUCCCACUGUGCAAGUCAAGUCUUUUACAAGACAAGGAGCAGAGGAGGAUUUGCAAGGACCUCCCUCUGAAAAUCAGAAAGAAUGGACUCUCACCUGGGCUGAGGACUUGCUUUCUUUACCUCCGGUUCUUUCCAUGUCUUAGCUGGAUGUCCCUGAAAUGGACACAGGCUGUGCCAUUGUGCCAGAAACAUUGUUGUUAUCUUUUAUGUUGUUGUUGUUGCUGUUAAACUAUGAUAUGUGACUCCUUUUUUUUAUUAUUAUUUUUUGUUUGAAUGCUUUAAAAAUCUUUUAAGUCUGUGGAUCUGCUGAUGUACAGUGCCUUUGCUGCUAUGGAUCAAAAUCAAGAGAACUGUGUAGAUAAACUUUAUUGUAUAAGUAGAAAAUUACUUAAUUUCAUACUAGAAAUGGAUGGAUGCUGCAAGUUGAAAUGGAUUGUCCAUUGACGUUCCUAAUGUGGUAGCAGGAAAAAAAAAAUGGUGUCUUAAGUGCUUAGUGUUUGAUGUCUUUAACAGUUUCGUAAAACUCUACAGUGUAGAAAGAUUUUGAUACUAAACUGUGCAUUGUACAUAGUUCUAAUGCAUUGUAUUGACCACCAGUACUUCUAUAAUGGUAGAUUGUUUGUGCAUUCAGACUUUUAAGCAUUAAACAUAAAUAACUUCUA